UCCAUCGAAUGGCUCCUCCACCGUGGUGCCCCAAUGAUACGUUCCUGGUUAGAAAAAUGACGAAGGCGCAUGCUUGAGGAGCGGAUGACUUCGCGGCCACGUGACCAGUCUCUUUGGCACGAUAUGUGAUCCGUAUAUGUGUACAAAGAGAAUUCCUGAGACAGGUUCGAUAUGUUGAAUAUAAAAAGAUAAUAAAGAACUGUUUGAUUAAAAUGUCGAGCCGUUUAAUGAGUCUUUGAAUUGUCUGCAAAAGUUAAAACGGAGUACUUAGAAGAAGUUAUUUAUUUUUAUUCCCAGCACGACGAGCGUCACUCUAGCUACGUGUCUCUUCGUCGAUCAGCCACGAACAGCAGGGAGAGACGAGAACUGGCGUUCAAUUAAUCUCUGGCAAGUAAAAUGGCAACGUCAGAAAGUGACGACUUCGAAAGCGCUGACGAGGAAUUGGACAACCUUUCGGCGCCAGCUAAGCGCGUUUCUCCACGUAGAGCCCGGGCUGUCGUCGACUCGGAUUCGGACGACACGGACUGGACCUCCUCAAAGAUUGACCCCUCCUACGGAACCCUGGGCACAUCUGACACCAAGAGAAAACGCGCCUCUCCAACCUUCCCAAAACACAAACCAAGCUCUAUUCAAGUCAGCUUGAAGAACCUAGAGAGCGAGGGUAAGUCUGAUGACACCGUUGACCCGAAACCAGCUCUUAGCCAACCGCCAGCGGUAUCGCAAGCUGGGAAAGAAGCGUCGUCGGAAUCGAAUACGUCCCAAGAUUUGUCGGUACCUGAUGAGAAGAAGCCAGAGCCUUCGAAUGAAACGGGAAAAUCAGGCGGUUCUGUACUACCGCCAAAAACUAAGGAUGAACGUCAAGCCACUUCUGAGUUGUCGACAACUGCCAGCGGCAAGGAUGAGGUAGAAAAACCAGUCACAGAAACCGUCAGCAGACCGAAAAGAGAGAGACAGCAGAGACAGCAAAAGCAACGGGAGCCUAGGUCUCUCGGGGAAAAGAAACUGGGGUCUAAGAUCACCUCAGAAGAUGCAAAGCCCAGAAAAGUUGAAGGGGCGGUAAAGUCUCCUAUAGUCGAAAAAUGCUGGGAAGAAUUGGAUGAUAUUUUGUCAAAACCCCGACCCGACAUUGAACAGAGAAAGUCCAAGUGGGACAGCAGUUGGGACGAUCCAACGAAACCGAAGGGCGCAGAUGAAGAGAUAGAAGAGAAUAUUGAGGUUCCGGAAGAGUUGAAAUCGAAUAAAAAGUUCAAAGAGGUGUUUAAGUCCGACGGCUGGGGAGAUAUAGAUGAGGAUGUAGAAAUCCCUGAUGAAAUGUCAGAGGAAAAGAUUCUCCCUGUAUUAGACAAGCUAUCCUUAGCUGGCGAAGAACAGAACAAAAAUGCCGGUUGGGGAUGGGGUGGAUGGGGCGUCAGUUCAUUGAUAAACACGGCGUCGGCCGGAGUCACUAGCCUAACGAACCAUGUGAGUCACGGAUUGACGAUGCUGGAAGAAAGCAUCGGUGUUCCAGACCCUGAAGAAUUGGCAAAAACUGAAGAGAGCGAGACCGAAGGUAGCAAGACCGAAGGUGUUGCCGACGAAAGAAGUCAACUGGAAAAAGAGCCGUCUGAUACACAAUCUCAAUCAUCAUUUGGUUUUGGUAAUCUGAUGUCCGGUGUUUCUUCUAUAACAAAACUUGUCGAAUCGACAAGUAACAAAGUAAUUGCUGGAGGUUUGGACACGCUGGAAACAAUUGGUAAGAAGACAAUGGAAGUAUUACAAGACGGAGAUCCCGGACUCAAGAAGAAAAGAGCUUUCUUCACGCAAGACAGUGACAAGCCUAUAUUAUCACAAAUGCUUAGGGAAGCUAAGGACAAAGCAGAAACAGAAGAGAAAACUUUAGAAGAAAAACAAUUGGCUAGAAAAGUACACUUUGAAAGUCUCUUCGAUGACUAUCAGGGACUUGUACAUUUGGAAGCGCUAGAAAUGCUGUCUAAACAAUGUGAUAUCAAGAUACAGCAGCACAUGAUCAAUUUAAAUGCCGACGAGUUGUGCUCUGUUCAAGAGACCUUAGAUGAGGUAAAGGAACUGUGUGAUUUGGGAGACGACGACGGAGAUGAUGUACACGAGACUGAUCUUCAGGAAAGAUUGAAGGGAGCUUGUAAAGACCUUGGAGUGACUAUGACUUACGAUAAACUUAUUGACACUUGGGAACAAACAAGGGCCUACCUUUCAACUGUGAUUUCUACAGAGUCAGUGCCUGCUGAUAGAGAAGUGUUUCAACGUGCCAUUUCGACUCUUGCUCAAUUCACAGCACUUUCUGUAGAAAGAUUUCACAAAACGGCAGAAUUACUUCUUGUCAAGGAAAGACGUAGCACUGUAAACGAAGCCGACGCUUUGGUUCAGCUCACCAACAUUUUAGCAGGCGAAGUUGGAGUCAUUGCUAACCUGUUUGCAGACAAGCUGAAUGAGCGUGUUAAACAUUCAGACAAACCAGACGCCACAAAUGCUAAUAUCACCACGAUUUUCCUCGAGUUGGUGGUUUUUGAAGUUGAAAACUGAAGUUGGAGUCUGUUGCUGAUAGGGAAGUUGCCAAGUUUGACGGUGUGUUAAAACUCAAACCUGUUGCUGGUGGUUUGGCAGACGCACCAACUGAAAUACUACUGGCUGUUUGUAAUGACGUUGCAUUACCCCAAGCUGAAACAAUUUCAUUAUUACAUCGCCUCUAGAAAGUAUUACAAAAUUAAAUUUACACACACCUUGAGGGCAGUAAACUACCUUUUAAGCUCUCCGAAAAUAGGAAAAAAAAUGUCAGCGUAUAUAUUAAAACCGUUAUUACAUUUCUGUAUUGAUUUGUGUUCCAUAAAAGAAAGGCAGCCUCCAUAGGUAUCCCAUUACUUGAUUUAAAAUAAAUACAAUCCCCCUUACUUAAAACGACAUAACAUUACUUUUACGAAGCACAUUGCAUUAUUACAUUUCUGUAUUGAUUUGUGUUCCAUAAAAGAAAAGCAGCCUAGAUAAAUAUCCGGUUAUAUUGAUUUAAAAAAAAAUUAAAGACUCCCUUAGUUGAAAAAACAAAACAAAAAUUUGACAAAGCACAAAAUCAAAUGGGUAAUAUUUAAAUAUAUCUAGGUGUGCUCGGGAGAAUCCUAACAGUACAUUGUUAGAAUCAUGCAUUUUUCUUGUCCAAGCAUAAGCCUGUUCACCUAAAGCCAAAGCAAUUUCAGAUGAAUUUGAUAUAGGGAAUUAAUGAAAUCUGAUUUUUAAUCACCAUUGCGAAGACAACAGUUAUAUAACUAUGCAUAAGAAUGAGUGAAUAAAAAAUUAAUACAACAAUAUGUUGUUCAUCAUAAGCAUAUUCUUUAUAAUGGAUGCAAGAAGGUUUACUGUUCAAAUUAAAACAAAAAGACAUUCCUAAAGCAUUUCCGUCACAUGGUCAUCCCAUAUUAAAUGAUGCGAUCAUUCCGCGUCUUUGUCUGUGAAUCGGCUGUUUUUUUUCCCUUCAUAACUCAUGAGAGAUCUACGAAAUAUUAGAUUUCUCAAAAAUCUAUUGAUCGACAUAUGAAUUUUCAACGAUUUUAGCAAGAAUAACCACUAGUGAACUGCAAGAUAGUAUGUUUGUGGUUUACUGGCGAUUAUCGUUAAUAAAAAAGUGAAAAACUCGUGCAUGUUUCAAAAUUAUUUUGAAAAAUCUGACACAUUUGGUAGUUUCAUAUGAAAGUAUUCCACUGUCACUAGUCAUAUUCAAGGGAAUUCGCAACUGUCAAUAAGAUUAUAAGUGUCUGGUUACUUUUUAAAUAACAGAGUCGAAAGCGAGUGUAUAUGUAAUUUACAUAAGCAUUGAAACGAACUGAAUAGAGGUCCUUUGCCAAUUUAUAAUUUUGUUUCUUUACCAGAUCUUGUCUGUAAUUUGUGUUCAGUCAUUAUAUAGUUUCAGAUCAAAUGUGAUGUACAAAUUACAAAUAAGGUGACCAAUUUUUAUUCAAUAAUGUCUGUAAUAGUAGCAUCUAAAGCAUGAAGUUAUUUUCCAUGCAAGGUUUUUAGUAAGGUAAAAGCUAUUCAAGCUGUACUGUCCCUUCAAAUAGAAAAAUUAAUACCGUUACAUUCAA